AUGCCCGCCGUUGCGAAGCUUGCACCACAGGAGACUGUAUUCUUCCUCUGUGACGUCCAAACACGUUUCAAAAAUGCCAUAUUCGGCUUUGAUGAGCUUGUAUUGACCAUCAAUAAGAUGCUCAAGAUCGCAAAGGUAUUGGAGAUCCCCGUCGUUGUCACGGAACAGAACCCCAAAGGCCUCGGAAACACCACCCCCAACAUCGAUUUGCCCUCCUUAGGGCCACUUCUCAUUGCUAACAUCGAGAAAGGGCUCUUCUCCAUGAUGACACCGGAAGUGAAGGCCCUACUCCACGAACGCCCCCAGAUAAAAUCUGUGGUGCUUUUUGGCAUUGAGUCCCAUGUCUGCGUGUUGCAAUCUGCGCUGGAUCUCAUCGAGGCAGGAUACAAUGUCCACGUCAUAGCAGAUGGUGUCUCUAGCUGCAACAAAGAAGAAGUCCCCUUCGCCCUGGCACGGAUUCGCCAGAGUGGUGGAUACAUCACUACCAGUGAGAGUGCGGCCUUUCAAUUGCAACGUGCGCUUUUUAUUGCAAAUUAUGGGGAGGCCUGCUCUGACUCAUCGGUUCCAGGGGAUGCUGGUGUUUCUGGGUUUAAAUUGUUCUCGAAUAUCAUAAAGGAAGAAAAAGAUAACACGGUAAGGACCUCACAGAAGCUGUUGCAAUACCGCGCUGUCUUGUAG